AUGCCCAAUGGAGAUGAUAAGACGACGAAUCAUAAGAAUGUAGAGAAGUUGAAGGAGAACGCGAAAGAGGGGAGGGAUGGGAAGAAGGAAAAGGAAAAGGACGAUAGAGACAAGGACCUCGAAAGGAAUAUCGACAGCGUCAUCUUCGGCGACGUGACGUUCAAAGCUUGGUAUCCGUCCUGGUAUCCCAAGGAAAUCAUUGGGGAGAAGGCACUCAGUUGUGAAGGCAAGGGGCCUGGGAUCACCGUGAAGGAGCUUUAUAUUUGCAGGCGGUGCUUUGGGUAUUCUAAGGCGCUUGUCGAAUGGGUUCGGCAUUGUAGGUGUUGUGAGAGAGAGGUGCCGGGAACGAAAGUGUAUAGUCAUGGUGCAGAAGGGGAGGGAGGAGGAUGGAGUGUUUGGGAGGUCGAUGGGGGUGUUGAGACUCUCUUCUGCCAAAGCCUCUCCCUCUUCGCCAAGCUCUUUUUAGAUAACAAAUCCGUCUUCUUCGACGUCUCAGGCUUCAACUACUUCCUCCUCGUACACACUUCCCCCCGCACCCUCGAAACGCAAAUCAUCGGCUUCUUCUCAAAAGAAAAGAUGUCUUGGGAUAACAACAACCUCGCCUGCAUAUUAAUCUUCCCGCCUUGGCAACGGAAAGGUCUCGGUGCUUUACUUAUGGGUGUUUCCUAUGCUAUUGCGAAAAGGGAGGGCAUAAUGGGCGGCCCCGAGAAACCGAUUUCAGAUCUCGGCAAGAAGGGAUACAAAAGGUAUUGGGGCGCGGAAAUCGCACGCUGGUUACUGGGCGUCAGGGAUACAGACCGCAAGAAAGGUAAGGGGAUGGUGGAUGUUGAACGCAUUAGCAAAGAGACGUGGAUUGCGCCGGAUGAUUGUCUGAGUGUGUUAAGGGAGAUGGGCGUUGUUGAGAAAGCGGGGAGGGGAAAGGGCACGGUGGAGAGGGUGAGGGUUGAUAAACAGAGGGUUAGGGAGUGGGUUGCUAAAGAGAAGUUGGGGCUUGAGAGGGUGGUGCAUGAAGAGGGGUUCAUGGAGGGUUACGCGCUGAAGGAGGUUGAAGCCGAAGAAGAGGAAGCGGAUGAGGAGGAAGUAGACGAGGAGUGA